UUAUCUCACCUUCAUUUGACCAGGAAGUCUCUUGAGGUUUGAAUCAAAUCAAAUCAAAUUUAUUUAUAUAGCACAUCUUACAUCAGCUGAUAUCUCAAAGUGCUGUACAGAAACCCAGCCUAAAACCCCAAACAGCAAGCAAUGCAGGUGUAGAAGCACGGUGGCUAGGAAAAACUCCCUAGAAAGGCCAAAACCUAUGAAGAAACCUUAAGAGGAACCAGGAAAUGAGGGGUGGCCAGUCCUCUUCUGGCUGUGCCGGGUGGAGAUUAUAACAGAACAUGGCCAAGAUGUUCAAAUGUUCAUAAAUGACCAGCAUGGUCAAAUAAUAGUAAUUACAGUAGUUGUCGAGGGUGCAGCAAGUCAGCACCUCAUUAGUAAAUGUCAGUUGGCUUUUCAUAGCCAAUCAUUAAGAGUAUCUCUACCGCUCCUGCAGUCUCUAGAGAGUUGAAAACAGCAGGUCUGGGACAGGUAGCACGUCCGGUGAACAGGUCAGGGUUCCAUAGCCGCAGGCAGAACAGUUGAAACUGGAGCAGCAGCACGGCCAGGUGGACUGGGGACAGCAAGGAGUCAUCAUGCCAGGUAGUCCUGAGGCAUGGUCCUAGAGCUCAGGUCCUCCGAGAGAGAGAAAGAGAGAAUUAGAGAGCGCAUACUUAAAUUCACACAGGACACCGGAUAAGACAGAAGAAAUACUCCAGAUAUAACAGACUGACCCUAACCCCCCGACACAUAAACUACUGCAGCAUAAAUACUGGAGGCUGAGACAGGAGGGGUCAGGAGACACUGUGGCCCCAUCCGAUGAUACCCCCGGACAGGGCCAAACAGGCAGGAUAUAACCCCACCCACUUUGCCAAAGCACAUUUCUUCUCAAACAACAACCAGGAUAUUUCACCUUCAUUUGACCAGGAAGUCUCUUGAGGUUUGAAUGGUUUGUCUCCAACAACAACCAGGAUAUUUCACCUUCAUUUGACCAGGAAGUCUCUUGAGGUUUGAAUGGUUUGUCUCCAACAACAACCAGGAUAUUUCACCUUCAUUUGACCAGGAAGUCUCUUGAGGUUUGAAUGGUUUGUCUCCAACAGCAACCAGGAAAUGUGUCCAGAACAGGAUGGCCUUUCGUUGGCUUUAGUAAAUAUACAUUAAGAUUGAAAGUGUGCCAAGUUAUUUUCUCCUCCUUUGUUUAUCUGAAUGUAUUGUCUAGACUAUAAGGGCCUGUACUAUGGGUUACUAUAUAUCCUAUAUAUAUAUAUAUAAUAUUAUCAAAACAUUUUAGAUUCUAUAAGCAUCCUAAGGAUGGGUCCUGCUUCUGUAAGAUACAAUCAGCUCUCCAAUUGACUGUCCGACUCUGGUAUUUUCCUUUACAAACACAUCAAGUCAAAGGCCACGUAUAUUUCACAGAACUACUAUUAAAACCCUUUCCUGUCCACAGUGUCCAGUCUCCCAGUCUGCCACUACUAGGUAACACAGUGUCCAGUCUCCCAGUCUGCCACUACUAGGUAACACAGUGUCCAGUCUCCCAGUCUACCACUACUAGCUAACACAGUGUCCAGUCUGCCACUACUAGGUAACACAGUGUCCAGUCUCCCAGUCUGCCACUACUAGAUAACACAGUGUCCAGUCUCCCAGUCUGUCACUACUAGGUAACACAGUGUCCAGUCUCCCAGUCUACUAGGUAACACAGUGUCCAGUCUCCCAGUCUAUCACUACUAGGUAACACAGUGUCCAGUCUCCCAGUCUACUAGGUAACACAGUGUCCAGUCUCCCAGUCUACCACUACUAGGUAACACAGUGUCCAGUCUCCCAGUCUACUAGGUAACACAGUGUCCAGUCUCCCAGUCUACCACUACUAGGUAACACAGUGUCCAGUCUCCCAGUCUAUCACUACUAGGUAACACAGUGUCCAGUCUCCCAGUCUGCCACUACUAGGCAACACAGUGUCCUGUCUCCCAGUCUACUAGGUAACACAGUGUCCAGUCUCCCAGUCUGCCACUACUAGCUAACACAGUGUCCAUUCUCCCAGUCUACCACUACUAGGUAACACAGUGUCCUGUCUCCCAGUCUACCAGGUAACACAGUGUCCAGUCUCCCAGUCUACCACUACUAGGUAACACAGUGUCCAGUCUCCCAGUCUAUCACUACUAGGUAACACAGUGUCCAGUCUCCCAGUCUGCCACUACUAGGUAACACAGUGUCCAGUCUCCCAGUCUACCACUACUAGGUAACACAGUGUCCAGUCUCCCAGUCUACUAGGUAACACAGUGUCCAGUCUCCCAGUCUACCACUACUAGGUAACACAGUGUCCUGUCUCCCAGUCUACUAGGUAACACAGUGUCCAGUCUCCCAGUCUACCACUACUAGGUAACACAGUGUCCAGUCUCCCAGUCUACUAGGUAACACAGUGUCCAGUCUCCCAGUCUACCACUACUAGGUAACACAGUGUCCAGUCUCCCAGUCUACCACUACUAGGUAACACAGUGUCCAGUCUCCCAGUCUGCCACUACUAGGUAACACAGUGUCCAGUCUCCCAGUCUACUAGGUAACACGGUGUCCAGUCUCCCAGUCUACCACUACUAGGUAACACAGUGUCCAGUCUGCCACUACUAGGUAACACAGUGUCCAGUCUGCCACUACUAGGUAACACAGUGUCCAGUCUCCCAGUCUACCACUACUAGGUAACACAGUGUCCAGUCUCCCAGUCUAUCACUACUAGGUAACACAGUGUCCAGUCUCCCAGUCUAUCACUACUAGGUAACACAGUGUCCAGUCUCCCAGUCUAUCACUACUAGGUAACACAGUGUCCUGUCUCCCAGUCUAUCACUACUAGGUAACACAGUAUCCAGUCUCCCAGUCUAUCACUACUAGGUAACACAGUGUCCAGUCUCCCAGUCUAUCACUACUAGGUAACACAGUGUCCAGUCUCCCAGUCUAUCACUACUAGGUAACACAGUGUCCAGUCUCCCAGUCUGCUAGGUAACACAGUGUCCAGUCUCCCAGUCUACCACUACUAGGUAACACAGUGUCCAGUCUCCCAGUCUACUAGGUAACACAGUGUCCAGUCUCCCAGUCUACCACUACUAGGUAACACAGUAUCCAGUCUCCCAGUCUACUAGGUAACACAGUGUCCAGUCUCCCAGUCUACUAGGUAACACAGUGUCCAGUCUCCCAGUCUGCCACUACUAGGUAACACAGUGUCCAGUCUCCCAGUCUAUCACUACUAGGUAACACAGUGUCCAGUCUCCCAGUCUAUCACUACUAGGUAACACAGUGUCCAGUCUCCCAGUCUGCCACUACUAGGUAACACAGUGUCCAGUCUCCCAGUCUACCACUACUAGGUAACACAGUAUCCAGUCUCCCAGUCUACCACUACUAGCUAACACAGUGUCCAUUCUCCCAGUCUAUCACUACUAGGUAACACAGUGUCCAGUCUCCCAGUCUAUCACUACUAGGUAACACAGUGUCCAGUCUCCCAGUCUAUCACUACUAGGUAACACAGUGUCCAGUCUCCCAGUCUACUAGGUAACACAGUGUCCAGUCUCCCAGUCUCCCACUACUAGGUAACACAGUGUCCAGUCUCCCAGUCUAUCACUACUAGGUAACACAGUGUCCAGUCUCCCAGUCUAUCACUACUAGGUAACACAGUGUCCAGUCUCCCAGUCUAUCACUACUAGGUAACACAGUGUCCAGUCUCCCGGUCUACCACUACUAGGUAACACAGUGUCCAGUCUCCCAGUCUACUAGGUAACACAGUGUCCAGUCUCCCAGUCUAUCACUACUAGGUAACACAGUGUCCAGUCUCCCAGUCUAUCACUACUAGGUAACACAGUGUCCAGUCUCCCAGUCUGCCACUACUAGGUAACACAGUGUCCAGUCUCCCAGUCUACCACUACUAGGUAACACAGUGUCCAGUCUCCCAGUCUACCACUACUAGGUAACACAGUGUCCAGUCUCCCAGUCUACUAGGUAACACAGUGUCCAGUCUCCCAGUCUGCCACUACUAGGUAACACAGUGUCCAGUCUCCCAGUCUACCACUACUAGGUAACACAGUAUCCAGUCUCCCAGUCUACUAGGUAACACAGUGUCCAGUCUCCCAGUCUACUAGGUAACACAGUGUCCAGUCUCCCAGUCUACUAGGUAACACAGUGUCCAGUCUCCCAGUCUACUAGGUAACACAGUGUUCAGUCUCCCAGUCUACUAGGUAACACAGUGUCCAGUCUCCCAGUCUACCACUACUAGGUAACACAGUGUCCAGUCUCCCAGUCUACUAGGUAACACAGUGUCCAGUCUCCCAGUCUUCCACUACUAGCUAACACAGUCUCCCAGUCUACUAGGUAACACAGUGUCCAGUCUCCCAGUCUAUCACUACUAGGUAACACAGUGUCCAGUCUCCCAGUCUACCACUACUAGGUAACACAGUGUCCAGUCUCCCAGUCUACCACUACUAGGUAACACAGUGUCCAGUCUCCCAGUCUACUAGGUAACACAGUGUCCAGUCUCCCAGUCUAUCACUACUAGGUAAAACAGUGUCCAGUCUCCCAGUCUAUCACUACUAGGUAACACAGUGUCCAGUCUCCCAGUCUGCCACUACUAGGUAACACAGUGUCCAGUCUCCCAGUCUGCCACUACUACCUAACACAGUGUCCUGUCUCCCAGUCUAUCACUACUAGGUAACACAGUGUCCAGUUUCCCAGUCUACUAGGUAACACAGUGUCCAGUCUCCCAGUCUACUAGGUAACACAGUGUCCAGUCUCCCAGUCUGCCACUACUAGCUAACACAGUGUCCAUUCUCCCAGUCUACUAGGUAACACAGUGUCCAGUCUCCCAGUCUACUAGGUAACACAGUGUCCAGUCUCCCAGUCUACUAGGUAACACAGUGUCCAAACUAACUCUUACCCCUUUAGUACGAAUAUAAAAUACAUUAGGUCUACUUUACAAUAUUACAACAAACCAGGCUUUCUUUUGUAUCAAUAUCAUGCAAAUUAUUAGGCCAGUAACCAGCAGGUAGCUUAGUGGUUAGAGUGUUGGGCCAGUAACCAGCAGGUAGCCUAGUGGUUAGAGCGUUGGGCUAGUAACCAGCAGGUAGCCUAGUGGUUAGAGCGUUGGGCCAGUAACCAGCAGGUAGCCUAGUGGUUAGAGUGGAGGGGCGGCAGGUAGCCUAGUGGUUAGAGUGUUGGACUAGUAACCAGCAGGUAGCCUAGUGGUUAGAGCGUUGGGCCAGUAACCAGCAGGUAGACUAGUGGAUAGAGCGUUGGGCCAGUAACCAGCAGGUAUCUUAGUGGUUAGAGCGUUGGGCCAGUAACCAGCAGGUAGCCUAGUGGUUAGAGCGUUGGGCCAGUAACCAGCAGGUAGCCUAGUGGAUAGAGCGUUGGGCCAGUAACCAGCAGGUAGCUUAGUGGUUAGAGCGUUGGGCCAGUAACCAGCAGGUAGCCUAGUGGUUAGAGCGUUGGGCCAGUAACCAGCAGGUAGCCUAGUGGUUAGAGCGUUGGGCCAGUAACCAGCAGGUAGCCUAGUGGUUAGAGUGUUGGGACCAGUAACCAGCAGGUAGCCUAGUGGAUAGAGCAUUGGACCAGUAACCAGCAGGUAGCCUAGUGGUUAGAGCGUUGGGCCAGUAACCAGCAGGUAGCCUAUUGGUUAGAGCGUUGGACUAGUAACCAGCAGGUAGCCUAGUGGUUAGAGCGUUGGGCCAGUAACCAGCAGGUAGCCUAGUGGUUACAGCAUUAGGCCAGUAACCAGCAGGUAGCCUAGUGGUUAGAGCGUUGGACUAGUAACCAGCAGGUAGCCUAGUGGUUAGAGCGUUGGACUAGUAACCAGCAGGUAGCCUAGUGGUUAGAGCGUUGGACUAGUAACCAGCAGGUAGCCUAGUGGUUAGAGCGUUGGACUAGUAACCAGCAGGUAGCCUAGUGGUUAGAGCGUUGGGCUAGUAACCAGCAGGUAGACUAGUGGUUAGAGCGUUGGGCCAGUAACCAGCAGGUAGACUAGUGGUUAGAGCGUUGGGCCAGUAACCAGCAGGUAGCCUAGUGGUUAGAGUGUUGGACUAGUAACCAGCAGGUAGCCUAGUGGUUAGAGCGUUGGGUCAGUAACCAGCAGGUAGCCUAGUGGUUAGAGCAUUGGGCCAGUAACCAGCAGGUAGUCUAGUGGUUAGAGCGUUGGGCCAGUAACCAGCAGGUAGCCUAGUGGUUAGAGCGUUGGACUAGUAACCAGCAGGCAGCCUAGUGGUUAGAGCGUUGGGCCAGUAACCAGCAGGUAGCCUAGUGGUUAGAGCGUUGGACUAGUAACCAGCAGGCAGCCUAGUGGUUAGAGCGUUGGGCCAGUAACCAGCAGGUAGCCUAGUGGUUAGAGCGUUGGGACUAGUAACCAGCAGGCAGCCUAGUGGUUAGAGCAUUGGGCCAGUAACCAGCAGGUAGCCUAGUGGUUAGAGCGUUGGGCCAGUAACCAGCAGGUAGCCUAGUGGUUAGAGCGUUGGGUCAGUAACCAGCAGGUAGCCUAGUGGUUAGAGCAUUGGGCCAGUAACCAGCAGGUAGUCUAGUGGUUAGAGCGUUGGGCCAGUAACCAGCAGGUAGCCUAGUGGUUAGAGCGUUGGACUAGUAACCAGCAGGCAGCCUAGUGGUUAGAGCGUUGGGCCAGUAACCAGCAGGUAGCCUAGUGGUUAGAGCGUUGGACUAGUAACCAGCAGGCAGCCUAGUGGUUAGAGCGUUGGGCCAGUAACCAGCAGGUAGCCUAGUGGUUAGAGCGUUGGGACUAGUAACCAGCAGGCAGCCUAGUGGUUAGAGCAUUGGGCCAGUAACCAGCAGGUAGCCUAGUGGUUAGAGCGUUGGGCCAGUAACCAGCAGGUAGCCUAGUGGUUAGAGCGUUGGGUCAGUAACCAGCAGGUAGCCUAGUGGUUAGAGUGUUGGGACCAGUAACCAGCAGGUAGACUAGUGGUUAGAGCGUUGGGCCAGUAACCAGCAGGUAGCCUAGUGGUUAGAGCGUUGGGACCAGUAACCAGCAGGUAGCCUAGUGGUUAGAGCGUUGGGACCAGUAACCAGCAGGUAGACUAGUGGUUAGAGCGUUGGGCCAGUAACCAGCAGGUAGACUAGUGGUUAGAGCGUUGGGCCAGUAACCAGCAGGCAGCCUAGUGGUUAGAGUGUUGGACUAGUAACUGAAAGGUUGCUAGAUCAAAUCCCAGAGCUGACAAGGUACUAAUCUGUCGUUCUGCCCCUGAACAAGGCAGUUAACCCACUGUUCCCCGGUUUGGCAGUCAUUUUAAAUCAUUUGUUCUUAACUGACUUGCCUGGUUAAAUAAAUAAUAAUUGUGACUGUAAUGGUGGGUAUAAUUCCCUGGGGAUUUGAGAUGUUGACCUGUUUUAUAUGGAAGCUCUUUCCUGACACCUAAAAAAUAAAAUACAUAAAGAGCAUACAUAUUCUGUCCUGUUUCUUCAUGUGUAGCGUCGUGUGGUGAUUUAAAUAUAUCCACCAUGAGGGAAAUCAGCACGGCAGCACCGCCGGCUAACGUGUGGCACUUUGGAUUUGACACAAAAAGCGUUGAAAAGAAAGACAAAGUGAUGUUGUGUUUGUUUCCAUGGAGAGGAGAGGGAAGUCAGUAGGGCUGAUUCACCUCAUGUGUUGGUUGGCAGGAUGUUUUGGUUUCGUCCUCCCUAGGAGCCAGGAGUUUAUCCAGGUGUUUAUCCGGGAGUUUAGCCAGGAGUUUAGCCAGGAGUUUAGCCAGGAGUUUAUCCAGGAGUUUAUCCGGGAGUUUAUCCGGGAGUUUAGCCAGGAGUUUAGCCAGGAGUUUAGCCAGGAGUUUAUCCAGGAGUUUAUCCAGGAGUUUAUCCAGGAGUUUAGCCAGGAGUUUAUCCGGGAGUUUAUCCGGGAGUUUAUCCGGGAGUUUAUCCAGGAGUUUAGCCAGGAGUUUAUCCAGGAGUUUAUCCGGGAGUUUAUCCGGGAGUUUAGCCAGGAGUUUAGCCAGGAGUUUAUCCAGGAGUUUAUCCAGGUGUUUAUCCGGGAGUUUAGCCAGGAGUUUAGCCAGGAGUUUAGCCAGGAGUUUAUCCAGGAGUUUAUCCGGGAGUUUAUCCGGGAGUUUAGCCAGGAGUUUAGCCAGGAGUUUAGCCAGGAGUUUAGCCAGGAGUUUAUCCAGGAGUUUAUCCAGGAGUUUAUCCAGGAGUUUAGCCAGGAGUUUAUCCGGGAGUUUAUCCGGGAGUUUAUCCGGGAGUUUAGCCAGGAGUUUAGCCAGGAGUUUAUCCAGGAGUUUAUCCAGGAGUUUAUCCGGGAGUUUAGCCAGGAGUUAAUCCAGGAGUUUAUCCAGGAGUUUAUCCGGGAGUUUAGCCAGGUGUUUAGCCGGGAGUUUAUCCAGGAGUUUAUCCGGGAGUUUAGCCAGGAGUUUAUCCAGGAGUUUAUCCAGGAGUUUAUCCGGGAGUUUAGCCAGGAGUUUAGCCGGGAGUUUAUCCAGGAGUUUAUCCGGGAGUUUAGCCAGGAGUUUAUCCAGGAGUUUAGCCAGGAGUUUAGCCAGGAGUUUAUCCAAAAAUGUAUCCAGGAGUAAAACAAUAUGACCUGGUUAGAAACAAUCUGGUCCCAUCAGCUGAUUUAUUACUAUGUCGUACCCAGAGUUUUCCCUGGUUAAGUUAGCCUGCCAGAAUAGGGAAAAAACUCUGGGCCCCAGGAAAACACCCCCCCCCCCUGCCCCCACCACUCUGGGACCUGUGGUGCCACCUCUGAAAUCACCAGACAAUGUUACACAUGAGAAAACAUAUCCUGUUUGAAUGAUCUACUAUCUCAACAUGAUGACUUAGUUUGACUUGCGUAUCUAAACACUUUUGACUUACAUGUCUCAACAUUUUUGGGCUUCCAUAGAUUCACGUGGCUCAGUGCAGCCGGGCAGGCAGGCGGCAGCUACUGCGACAAUUUCAGAAUGUACAGUAACAGGCUGUUACUGUAAUUUCAGAAUGUACAGUAACAAGCUGUUACUGUAAUUUCAGAAUGUACAGUAACAGGCUGUUACUGUAAUUUCAGAAUGUACAGUAACAUGCUGCUACUGCAAUUUCAGAAUGUACAGUUCAGAAUGUACAGUAACAAGCUGUUACUGUAAUUUCAGAAUGUACAGUAACAUGCUGCUACUGCAAUUUCAGAAUGUACAGUUCAGAAUGUACAGUAACAGGCUGUUACUGUAAUUUCAGAAUGUACAGUAACAGGCUGUUACUGUAAUUUCAGAAUGUACAGUAACAGGCUGUUACUGCAAUUUCAGAAUGUACAGUAACAGGCUGUUACUGUAAUUUCAGAAUGUACAGUAACAGGCUGUUACUGCAAUUUCAGAAUGUACAGUUCAGAAUGUACAGAAACAGGCUGUUACUGUAAUUUCAGAAUGUACAGUAACAGGCUGUUACUGUAAUUUCAGAAUGUACAGUAACAUGCUGCUACUGCAAUUUCAGAAUGUACAGUUCAGAAUGUACAGUAACAUGCUGUUACUGUAAUUUUAGAAUGUACAGUAACAGGCUGUUACUGUAAUUUCAGAAUGUACAGUAACAGGCUGUUACUGUAAUUUCAGAAUGUACAGUAACAGGCUGUUACUUGCAAUUCCACAAUUCCAGAAUUUCAACCGUUUCAAAAAGCAUUGCCCUGCUAUUACAAUUUUGACUGAAACGAGUGUUGAGCGGAAGAAGACAAUUUUGUUUCCAAUGCCGUGCUCGGCGCGAGGAGCAACUGUCUGUUGAGUGUGUGGUGCUGAAACCUCCGGAGGUAGCUCUCCAGACGUUUACACCACAGUCUCUGAAGAACCUCUAGAAAACGUCCCUUUGCUAUCGUCAAUAGUCCGACACCCCCCCUGCCCAACUCCCUUCCUCUCUCCCAGCCCUCCAAGACACAGGCCAGUUGAGGGACGUACAUUUUAAGCCCUUAGGAGCUUUAUUAAUAAAGAGCAUUAGAGACGGAAAAGUACCAGGGAUGAGUCCAGAAUGGUACCCUGUUCCCUAUAUAGUGCACUAUUUUUGAGGGAUUCCCUAUGGGCCCGGGUCAAAUGUAGUGCACUAUAUAGGGAUAGUAGGCUACCAUUUAGGACACCCUCCUCCAUCUCCAGAAGGAACGAAUCAGCGUAGUUUUUACCCAGCAACAGGCAGCAGUAGCCAGGCUUUAGCAGAGUAGGGUCUGCAUCCCAAACGGCACCUUUUGACCUGGGACCAUAGAGCUAUGUUCAAAAGUAGUGCACUAUGUAGGGAAUAGGGUGCUGUUUGGGAUGUAGAUUAGAUGUCUGACUGCCAAAUCCACAUUUUCACUCGCUCUGAAUAGUGUGUGUCGUCCAUCUCCUCCCAUCUCCUCCCAUCUGUCUCUCCCAGCUCUCUCUCUAACUCUCUCUCUCCCAGCUCUCUCUCUCCCAGCUCUCUCUCUCCCAGCUCUCUCUCUCUCUCUUUCGCACUCUCUCUCUCUCUCUCUCUCUCUCUCUCUCUCUCUCUCUCUCUCUCUCUCUCUCUCUCUCUCUCUCUCUCUCUCUCUCUCUCUCUCUCUCUCUCUCUCUCUCUCUCUCUCUCUUACUCUCUCUC